AACCCAAAAUAUACUCUUCUAUUUAACGAAUAUUCCCACAAUAUUCCCACCGAAUAUUCUAUCCCUUACCGUUAUUAUAUCUCCAAUUAACAACACCAAUCAAAUUCAAUUCAAUUCAAUUCAAUCCAUCUAAACCAUGAAAUUCGGAAAGAGUCUCAACAACCAGAUCGAGAAAACCGUUCCUCAAUGGCGUGACAAGUUUCUCUCUUACAAGCUACUCAAGAAGAAAUUGAAGCUCGUUCCAAUAAUAGCCGAUGAACGCCCUACCAAAAGAGCUAGGAUCGACGAUAGGGAAAUGUCAAAUGAAGAAACUGAUUUCAGAAACUCCCUUGAAAAUGAACUCCACAAAUUCAAUAGUUUCUUUGUUGAGAAAGAGGAAGAGUGCAUUAUAAGAUUCAAGGAGUUACAAGAUUGUGUGGCGAAAGGAAAGGGUUCGAAUGAACAAAUGAUGCAGAUUCACAAGGAUAUUGUAGAUUUUCAUGGAGAAAUGGUUUUACUUGAAAAUUACAGUGCCCUUAAUUACACAGGACUAGUGAAAAUACUAAAGAAGUAUGACAAGAGAACGGGAGCUCUGAUUCGGUUGCCAUUCAUUCAGAAGGUUUUGCAAGAACCAUUCUUUACCACUGAUCUGCUCUACAAGCUUAUAAAAGAAUGUGAAACAAUGUUGGAUGGCCUUUUCCCCUUCGGCGAAUCAGCAGAAAGGGGUGAUGUUUGUUCUAAUUCGACGAGUUUGACGAACUUGGAUCAUUUUAUGCCAGAGGAGAUAGCUGAAAUGCAGAGCCUCUAUUUGAAGAGUACAAUAUCUGCUUUGAAUGUUUUGCAGGAAAUCAGAAGUGGUAGCUCCACAGUUAGCAUGUUUUCUUUGCCACCGUUGGAACAAACUUUGAACAACAUUUCUGUUUUGGAACAAACAGCCAAGUAAUCUCAAGUAGGAGAUGAGAUUUUAGGCUAGCCUAGUGUGAUGAGUGAUUUUUUUUUUAUAAUUUUUUUCUGUCUAAAAUCUAACACCUUCUGUGUCAUAGCAUACCUCAGAUAGUUACGAAUUAGAUUUAUGAUGCUGAAUUACUGAAUAUAUUGAAAUCAUAGAAUUA